UAGUAGCUCGUUGAUCGAGAUCGUCGCGGUUGUUUCGUUUUCGCUCCGUUUUCGUUGUUAUUUCGUUGUUAUCCGUCGGUUCUUCUCGCGGAGUUUUGUUUUCAGUGGUUAAUGUUGUUUUGUUUUGAUUUUUUUUUCUGUUUUGCACGCACGCGCAAACAACUUCUGCAGCAACAACAAAUCGUUGCAAGUUGCAGCGUUUUUCAACGUCGAUGUCGACGCAGCGCAUGCGCAGCAACAUCAGCAGUGGCAGAACAACGAAUCAAAUGAAACUGGAUUUCGCAUCGACAAGCAAUUAAUUGGAAUUACAUUCAACUGAAAGUGAGUUGACUUAACUUGAGCAUAAGAACACGUUUUUAAACUGUACUGGCUACGCAAACUGGUGGAAAAUUGUGGCAAACUUGCGUCGCCAACCCAACUGUCAUUGUCUUUGGCAUUGGGCAACAUUUUAAUUGAAAAAGUUUUAUCCAGAGAGUGAGUGAGAGAUGACUGUGAAAUUGGCCAAGCUGUUUGGGGGCGUUGAGGUACUCGACUCGGCCAACAACCAGCAGCAUCAGGAGCAAAUGCAACACCAGCAACACCAGCAACAUCAGCAGCAACAGCAGCAACCGCUGGCUGCAACAACACAGCAACAUUUGCAACAGCCACCGCCUCUUCCACCGCCAAAUGCGAAUAUGAAGAGUCUGAAGUAUUACGAGCACCUGCAGGCCACCUACGACUGUCACGAUCUGAUGGAUCAUGAUCAUGACCACGAUCAGGAUCAGGAUGACUACGAGGACACCUGCAUGCAGCGCAAUCAUCCGUACAACAAUUCACAGCGACCGCUUUUGGGCGACCGACGACCCCAACUCACCGUGAUGAGUGUUGGAAAGAAGGGAAAGUCGGGAAUAAGCCAGCAAAAUCUGCCACUGCCACUGCCACCGCUUCCGCCGCUGAGGAGCUACAUUUCACCCUAUGUGCAACAGCAGAAGCGCGACAGUGCCAAAGGUUUGCACGGGUUCAACGAUUUCGAUGCCCUGUCGCAGCAGUACAAUCAGCACCUUCAAAGUCCCCACAUCGGUUAUCCCUAUGGAAGUCCUCCCUCGCCCACAGCUCAAUCCAGUGAUUUCUGCUUUGACCGGCAGACUGGGUUGGUAAUGCUGCCCGGAACGACGGGUCAGCUCAUCUCGAGCAGCUCGAGCAACUGCAGCAGUUCGCACACGACCUCCACAUCCUCGCCCACUCGAUAUUACCCGGCGGAUCAUCCGGUGAGCAGCUCGCUAUAUCCCUCCCGAUUCGAGGACGACUUCUGCAUGCGUCGACCUCCAGUCGUUCCGGAUGGUUCAUCGCCGGACUGCCGGAUUGCCGGUGAGGGUGGACCCUUCAUCUUUGGCAUCGCACCGGAGCAACAGGCCACGGAUUACGGCAGCAAUCCGCUGCCGCCAACGCCCCCGCAGCUGAAACAACAAUCUGUGAUUAGUAGGAGUCCUCUGCAACAAUCGCUGAGCGACACCAGUGCCGCCAGCAGUGGCAAGGGCACCAAAUUCUUGCUGCGUAAGCGUAAAUCAAAGAAGACAACCGCAGCAACAGCAGCCGCAACAACAGUAGCAACAGCUGAGGCCGCAACAACGGCCAAAAAGGAUGGCAAAAAGGGUAUCACCCCAUCCCAACCUUCGAUCAAGUGCGUUCUCGUGGGCGAUGGUGCCGUUGGCAAGACGAACCUGAUCCUUUCGUAUCUGGAGAACCGCUUUAAUCCCGAGCACAUACCCACGGCCUCCGACAUUUAUAAUGCCGAUGUCAAUGUGAACGAGAGCCCGGUGCACUUGACCCUUUGUGAUACCGCUGGCCAGGACACUUUGGAUCCUCUGAGGGAGCUCUGCUAUCCCGACAGCGAUGUCUUCCUGCUCUGCUUCUCGGUGGUCAAGCCGGAAUCAUUUCGGGCCAUCAAGGCCAAGUGGGCGCCCAAGUUUGCCAAGACCAAGGCCGCUUUGAUUUUGGUUGGCACUCAGGCCGAUCUUCGCACCAGUCCAAAUGUCCUUAACAAACUGCAGACAAACGGCGAGAAAGCAAUUUCAUAUGCAGACGCCUGGGAUUUGGCAACAACAAUUGGCGCAAAAUACAUUGAGACUUCGUCAGCCACACAGGACAAAGUCAAGGAUGUGUUCGACACAGCCAUUUGGGAGGGCCUAGUGCCCACAACCCUGCCGCCCACCCCUUCAUUUUGGAGGAAGCUCUUCUGCCUGGCCUGAAACUCGAAAAAGGAACAACCUACUCACGAUUUAUUUUUAUCUCCUUUUUUUUUGAUAGUUAUUUAACUUCGGUUAGUUAAAUUAAACAUUUUUUUAAGAGACUUUCAUUUAGCAGUGCUUGCACACAGACUGAUCUAAACAUAAACUAAAAUAAUAUACAAGUAAAACGUAUAUGUUUAACGACUAAACGAAUAUGUUUUCAUUAUAGUUUUUUUUUUUACUCGUACUCUUAAUCAUGUUUGUGGUUAUCUCUCACCAUUUUCUUAAACUAUUUAAACCUUAUUAUCGCCCAGAUCCACAACUAUGUUAAAUCAUUCCAUCCAUUUGUAAGCAUUACGUUUUAAGCUAAAUAUUUGAAAUAUUGUAUCUCGAAGGCAGCAUAUAUAUAUUUUAUAUAGAAAUAUAGAAGCGAAACAAAUCCACCAUA